AUGCUUCCUGCGGCUACCCGUCAACCAUACACUCAUCAUAUUCCAGAAUGCCAUCAAAAUCCAAGUAUUUGCGCGAACGAUCAACAAGAACUGGAUGAAACACCACAGAAUGAUUUUGUCGCAUCAUGCCAUAUGCCUCUAGUGUCCAUUCAGGAUCCACCCGUCAAUCUGAUUGAUUUGGAUGUAUACCACUCUCAGUUGGCGCAUAGGGAUAGUCAGAGUUCCUCUCGUGUGGACUCCCAUAAACCACAUCGACAGAUAGAUCAAUUGGAUCUAGGUAAUUUUGCACCGGUUAUGUCCACUCCCCCUUUUCUUCUUGCUCUAUCCGCAUUUUCUGGGUUUAGUCUGCUUACUUUGCUUACGUUGACUCAUAAGCAUUCACAUUUCACCAUUUCGCAGCUAUGCCCCUCCAAUACUUCUGGUUCUACUUAA